AUGCCGACGAUCGUGGAGACACCGUCCAGGGGGCGUGCGGCGAGGUUCCAAGGACCGCAGGGGUCAGAGCACGACACUGCCGCAGUUGAGAGCUAUGAACCAGCGGGUGGUGAGGUAGGGCCGGUUGGAGUUGAUGGCCGCGGGAGCCACGGCGUCCAGAGCUUCGAGAUGCUGGAGGACCCAUCGUUCUGGAAGGAUCACAAUGUGCAGGUCAUUCGAUCUAGCCCUCUUAUCUGGGUUUUUUUUCUUUGGGCGUAAUAUUAAGGGGGUAGGGUUUUGAGUCCUUUCUUGUUGUUGGAGGGACGUACAUCUCUUUUUCUUCCUUGAAAUGAAUCUUCACUUUCCAUUUGACUCUGACUGGUAUGAUUCUUCACUCUUACCUUGCGUUUUUAGGAUUAAGGAUUGCUGGAUUGGUUUUCGGGAAUUUUCUGGAAUUUUUUUCGUGUUGCUUAUGUUGGGUUUGACGACCGGAAUUAGUUUUAGGAGCUCACUGCUUUGAUAGGGUUUAUUGGGCUUUUUUUCAUUUGAGCCCAGGAUCACAGCAACGGUAUUUUUUGGGAUUCUCUGUGAAAACUACGACAUACGAUCGCUUACCACCGGUAAUUUUUUCAUUGCUUUGAUUACACUCCAAUGUGAGGACAUCUGAUUUAGAUUUACACAGUCUGGAAAAGAAUCGUCGCAGAACAGUUGAGGCCGAGUCACCGUGUUUCUUUUCUUUUUUCUUUUUUUUACAGUUCACAGUUAAUGUUAAUCUUCCUCCAUUCUUUGCAAGACUGAGAUCCUCAUGCGAUUCAGGGUGUUGAACUAAUUGUUAUCUUUAUCCACCGGCAUAGAUUAUGGUAUGCUAUUAAUCUGUUGUAAAUAAAUUGGAACGAUCUGUACAAGUUCGAACUCAAAUCAAAUAAAAUGAGCUUUGUUCGUUGUUACAUCUACGGCUUAUUUGAACCAGAACUGGUAGAAAAUACUUUUAAUGUGCGAUCUUUAUCUCUUUUGUGCGAAACAGUAGAACGAUCUCCUUUUUUCUACCGUGAGAGAGAUGACAAUCCUCAGAUUAUUAUCCAAGACACUCUUUUUUUCCUUCUUAUUCGACGGCUUUUAGGAAGAAAUUGAAAAGAUGGAAGAGUAAACCUAUGGAUAUUUUCUGUUUAGUCUGGGAGAUAUGGUUUGGACUCUUCCAGUAUUACCGGCUGGGUUUCAUUGCGUAGUAAUGGAUUUCAAAAUGAGACUGGAGGUUAAAUGAAUUACGGAAACAAUUAAGUGUCUACAGUUCUUUGGGUCUAAGCUUAAUUUUUAUUUGAACUCUCAUAGUGUAAUUUUUAUACGUUUUCUAUUAAGAAAGUGGUUCUUAUUUCAUAUCCUCUUUUAUAAUUCUGUUGUAUUUCAAUGCACAAGGUCUCCACAAAAUUUUCUGUAGGUAAUGUGACGAAAAUCGGUCUAGUAUUGAUAUGUUACAGAAAAAAUGAUUUUUAUCCAACAUAUUAUUUCAUAAUCUCAUCAUAAGACGACAGAUUCAGUCUCUGGCGGGUUGUUUUUUUUAUCUUCCUUGCAUUUCUUAAAUAAUUAUACAAUAAUCCACAGGUCGCCUGUGGAGCAAAGAAAAUGGCUUGAAUGUUUUAUAAUUCCUUGAAUUCAGGUUAUCAUCAGAGUACGUCCUCUCAACAGCACUGAGGUAUCACUUCAGGGAAACAACAGAUGUGUUAGACAGGACUCAUGUCAGUCCAUUACGUGGACUGGACACCCAGAGUCACGUUUCACAUUUGAUCUUGUUGCUGACGAGUACGUUAGUCAGGUAGUGUAUGUUUUUUUUGAGCGUAUACAUUUGUUUUAGUUUUCUCCCAUUUGUUAAUGACUAGAUAUGUUCUUGGCUUUAUAGGAGAAAUUAUUCAAAGUUGCUGGAGUACCAAUGGUUGACAAUUGCGUGUCUGGCUACAACAGUUGUAUGUUUGCCUAUGGUCAGGUUAGUCCUAGCUGAUGUCCAUUUGCUUGUUGGUGGGACACUCUCUCACGCAGAUAGACAUUCUAUUUACGCUGUUCUUCUUUUCCUUAUGUUUUGUCCCACAAUGUCUAUGUUAUCUUGUUUAUCUGAGACAAGGUUGUGUACUUGCUGCAUGCUGUUGUCAUAUAAACCUUAUUUCAUUCAUGUUGGGUUGACUGAACUAAAAAUCUACUGCUUUUGAUCAUUUUUUUGAUUUCAAAAUUUGUCAAAUUCAAUUUCUGUGGAGUUCUAUUCAUGCCAUUCUUUGAUCUAAUUACAGUAUUUUUGACUUGAUAAUCUAUUAAUUUGGGAUAAACAUUUGCUGACGUACCCAUUUGGGUAAGAAAAAGUAACGUAUUUUCCUUCAGACUGGGAGCGGGAAGACACACACGAUGUUGGGAGACAUUGAAGGAGGCACUCGCAGACAUAGUGUCAAUUGCGGAAUGACACCUCGUGUAUUUGAGUAUUUAUUCUCAAAGAUCCAAAAGGCAAGUGACUGUGGCUUUUAUCUUCCAUAUGUCGUAGCAGUUAAAAAUAAUUUUCUUUUAGUCAAGUUUGUUCAUGCCUUACUGAAUAUAUGCUAUCAUUCUGAUUUAAAUUUCAAAUGUUUAUACACAAGUGGCAUUGACAUUUUCAGCGCUUUGCUUCCAUAUACUUUCCCCAAUGAAUUUUAUUUCUCCUUUUCCCCUCGAAUUAUCUUAAUUUUAACCUUUUUAAUUUAAACUUUCUCGAUAAUGACGAUCUAUCAGGAAAAGGAAGCUAGAAGAGAAGAAAAGCUUCAGUUCACAUGUAAAUGCUCAUUUUUGGAGAUAUACAAUGAGCAGAUUCUAGAUCUUUUGGAUCCAUCCUCUGUCAAUUUACAGGUAAAACUAUCAAAUGGAACUAGAGUUUGAAAAACUGUUUUAUUUCUCGCUUUUGCCUACUAGUUUGCCAACUUUUAUUGCCUGUAAUAUAUCACUCUUUCCGUUUGAACCAUGGUAUUUCUGAGGAAUAAAAAUGGCUGUUAAAACAUUUACAAAAAGUGGAGUCCUUUGUCCUCAUGAAAUAGGUUACUGCCAUUCGCUAACUUAUUUCUGUUGUUGUACUUCAGAUCAGGGAAGACUUGAAGAAAGGUGUUUAUGUGGAGAAUCUGACAGAAUUUGAGGUUACAAGUGCUAGAGAUGUUCUUCAACAACUUCUAGAGGUAAAUAAUCUGUUGGUUCAUACCGGGCUGUGCCUCAUUACGUAAUGAACUACUUUUUCCUCGUAGACAUCAAUGAUGCCCCCCCACCCCUCACCAACACACACACAAUUGCAGUAAACCCUAACAUAACGAAUUAGAUUUGAAUUUUAAAAUAAAAGUAUUUGUGGCUCAUGAAGGCUAUAAAUGCGUUGAAUGAUCUGCUGCAAAAGCAUAAUGAUGCCUUCUACUAUUGCAUAUAGGCCUUUGAUGUUGAACAAUCAUAUUUGUGGAACUCUAUGUUUUAUCAGAAAUUUAAUUUUUAUAUAGGCCUUUGAUGUUGAACAAUCAUAUUUGUGGAACUCUAUGUUUUAUCGGAAAUUUAUUUUUAUCAUGUAUAUAUUUAAAAAUAAUUAAUUUUGUGUUUAGGUAUUUAAAGCUCCUUAAAUUUUGGAUCUGCCUUGUGACGAUGCAUCAGAAAUUUCAUUUGUAUUUUGAUUGAAUGAAUGUUUGGUUUGCUCUAUUGUUGGUUACCAAUGGUUGAUCGGACCUUUUCUCAAUAAAGGUUUGUGUGUCACUCUAACAUGGUUCUUACUUUUGUCAAAUGUGGUCACAGGGUGCGGCAAAUAGAAAGGUGGCUUCCACUAAUAUGAACAGAGCAAGUAGUCGAUCUCAUAGUGUUUUUACAUGUGUCAUUGAAAGUAAGGUUGGUACAGACAUUACCUUAUCCUUGGUCCUCAAGAAUUUGAGAACAUUUUUCUCUAAAGUGAUUUUAUGGCUUUUUUAUUGUUUUGGCAGUGGGAGUCUCAAGGAAUAACUCACCAUAGGUUCUCUCGGCUUAAUCUUGUUGACUUGGCAGGGUCAGAGAGGUGAGAAAUUCAGUUGUUUCUGAUAUGGCAGUCAAGUGGAAUAUUAUUUAUUCUCAUAAGCGUCUAUGUGGUGAUGUAUGAUUUCGCUGUAGUGUUUUGUGCAUCAGUUUCCAGUUAUCAUUAUACACACGUUGCAACCAGCCGGAGGUAUCUGGCUUAGGCCUUAAUUGAGAAUGAUCUAUACCAUUUGGUUGCUCGAUUUCGUUUGCAAUGUUCUAGAAAGUUACCCUGAAAUUUCAUUAUAUUUUUUAAUGCUUUAUAUACUGUAUGUAAGGAAAUAUAACUUCCUGCGCUUGUAUUUUGUGUUCAUCUUUUUGUAUUGUGCAGUGUCACUAGCGAUGAUAAUAGAUAAAGAUAGAGAAGGGUAUUCUAGACCUUGGUUGAGUAAUCGUUCUUCAAAACUUAGGAACUUUUUCGACAAAAGAAACUAGGAACUUUAAAUUUUUUAUCAUUGCGUAAUAUCAUUAUAUUCGUUCCAUCAAAUUUUGCAUCAUUCUUUGGAACUGUCUUUGCUUGAAACCAAUCGAAGUAUAUUGCAGUUUACCUGCCACCCCCCCCAAUUAAUGAAUAGAAAAAGGCAUAAAGGACAUAUGAAUUCUCACUGAGUAGUAGUAAUUGUUGUUUCUUUUAAUGGAAUGAUUUUGAGGGUUAUAAUUAUGAUGUGAGGUAUAUGCACCUUUUACUAAAGAGUAAAGAUAUUGGCACUGUAGGUAAUGUUUUGUAUACGUGGAGCCCAAUUUGUUCAGCAAUUUGAGUUGGGCCGUGUUGCUGUUUCAAACAUUAGAUGAUCAUAGAAUAUCAAAGGUGGACAAGUAUAGUGGGGCAGCUCAUUCAUUUAAGCAUACAUAUUUUGUAACACCUGUGUACAAUUGCUUAAUCUCAGGCAGAAGAGCUCAGGUGCUGAGGGUGAACGUCUCAAAGAAGCGACCAACAUCAAUAAGUCGCUCUCUACUUUAGGGUAAAUGAACUUUCUCAUGUUCUAUAGUUUACCGGUGUUUCCUUUUUGUGGUUGUAUAAGUUCUGAUUUUGUUUUACGUUUUGCAGGCUUGUGAUUAUGAACCUUGUUGGUAUUUCCAACAAAAAGGCACUUCAUGUUCCAUACCGUGAUUCAAAGUUGACAUUUCUUCUUCAGGUAUAUAUCUUUGUUGAACUAGGUUUUGUGAUUGAAUAUCCGAUGACAUUAAUUUUAUAUAUAAUAAGAACUAUACUAAUUAAGUGCUUCAUUUGAUCAUUAUGAGAAUCCUGAAGGAAGCUCUAGCUUAGUUGAAGAAUUUAUGUUAGUUUCUUUUUUCAUGGGUGUUAUAUGUUUACUUGGUUUUCCCUAAGCCUUUGUGUACUACGCCAAUCUUGUUUAUAGGGGGAGUUCUGUGAGUAACAUGAGUAUAGGGUUCAAUUCUGUUACGGUCUAGCUUCGGAUGUGUUAGGUACAUUUUUCUCUAUGUUUUGAUAGUUAUAUAACGCGGCCCUCAGUUAUGAUCGAUAUUUUCUCCAACCUUUGUUAUUCUGAGUUCUCUGAACUAUUUGAUCAUAUUAGGACGUAGAUGAACUCGCAGAUGCAUCUGCCUGUUAAAUAUUUUCAUACAGUUAUGCACCGUGGACAGUUGUUAUCUUUUUGAAGAUGUUCUUCUUCUGACAGGCUGCUGAAGUUGGAAUGGAUGAUCUUUAUUUCCGCAGAUCUCUUCUAACUCCUUUUGUCCUUUUGUCCAUGUGCCCUUAAGAUUGUACCUGGAUUGUUACGCAUUACUGUUUGCUUUUUUAUUCAACAAAUUAAAUAUGUCAUGCAUUUUCUUUUCGGAUGAACUUGGAUAAUGUAUGUAUCAAAGAUUUCCGCCCUUGUCAAUGCUUAUCCGAUACUACUCUUAUUUUUCUUAUUUCAGGACUCCCUUGGGGGGAAUUCCAAAACAAUUAUAAUUGCAAACAUAAGCCCUUCAAAUUGGUUAGUCGACCUUCAUCCUCUUAAAGAUCUUUAGUUUUAAGUUUUUUUGUUUAAGUCUGGAUUUCUUCCUGUUAUUUAUGCCCAAUUGUUGUCGUGUACUAUGCAGCUGUGCUUUUGAAACACUCAGCACAUUAAAAUUUGCUCAACGUGCAAAGUUUAUAAGGAACAAUGUAAACACCUUCAAGUCUAUAUUAACUUUCAUUCAGUUGCUUCAUUUUUUCAACUUUUUUUUUGGUACUCUGUCAUAGGCAAUUGUUAAUGAAGAAGCUUCAGGAGACGUCCUUACAAUGAGGCUGCAGAUUCAGCAGCUCAAGGUAGUAUUCAUCUUGUCGUAUUCAUGUCAUUAGAGUGUUUAAUACGAAAAGUUUGGUAAUGGGUUUUUAUCAAUAGGUAUGCUUUGAUUUCCAAAAUCUUAAGUACGAUAAAAUGUGGUCAUCUUCAGUAUUUUCUCCUCAUAGAACAUUGUGACUGUUGUUGAAUUUUUGGGUUUAAAUUUGCAACUAUGUAGUUAUUUUUUGUUGACUCAUUUUAUUAAGUGCAGUCUCUGCGUGUCUGCUUUCUCUCCAUGAAACUGUGAAUUCUUCUUGCUCUUAGUUCACCCUUUAAUUUUUUUCCUAUUAUAUUUAUUUUGGUUAGCCUCCCUUUCUAUGCAGAAAGAGGUUAGUCGAUUGCGGAGUUUAAUGCACGGAAGUGGAGGUGCAGAAAAUCCGGAAAACGAUGAUGUGAGUGUUCCAGGAUCUCCUGGCUCCUUCAAGUGGGAGGGGAUUCAGGGAUUAUUCAGUCCACUUGCAAUUGAUAAAAGAAAUUCACAGGCAUGUAUCUCUUGAUUAUACCAUGUACUCAUUGUCAAAAUGUUGUGGGCUAUCAAAGGAGCAUCUCGAUGUCAGCCAUUGAUGUAAGUCAACGUUUCUUUCUCUGAACCAGAGAAAAGAUUACGAAGCUGCCUUGGCCGCAGCUUUUAGACGGGAGAUGGAUAAGGACAAGGCAUUGAAGGCACUGAAUGCUGAGAAAGAGGCAGCAGAACAGCUGGUAUGAAUGAAGCUGCUUACAGUUAACUAGAGAGUACAGUUGCAUUUUUUUUUUCCAUUGUCUUUGACGUUAGCAGUAACAAAAGCAAUAUUGAUGUUUUCUAUUCAAGUGGUAGUCUACUUUCGAUAGUUAUGUUUUGCGUCCAUGAAGCAUAUGAUUGAAAGUGGGCUGAAGGUUCUCCCAGGCUAUCUUUUUUCUAAAGUAAAUCUUUCCUUUGCGGGUAAGAUAUUCAGUAUUUGGUGUAUUUAAUGGCUUGCAAGUUCAUCAAUCAAUCUUCUGGAUCCCGAUUGCCUUCUUUUAUUUUUAGUGUUAGACAUAAGAAAAACUCUAUAUAGUUUUUAAAAGGCUACUGAUAGGAUGUUUCUUCCAUCUGUCAUCAAUGAUACAUAACUAGAUCAUUCCUAACUAGUCGGGAAGAAUACAUCCAAUUUCAUGAUGUACCACAUGCUUUAGGAAAACAGUAGACUGUUAUAAUAAUAAUAAUAAUAAAAAAAGGCUACUGAUAAGAUGGUCUCCUAUCCAUUACUGUGAACAAAGAACUAGUAACAUCAGCAUAUCGGUCAUACCUAAGCCUUUUUUUUUUUUUCAUUCAUCUAAUUCCAUUGGGCAGCAUGUAACCAAAACCCAUGUCAGUUGAAAGUGCCACUGAUAAGAAAAUACCAAAUUAGCAGCAACAUGAUACUUUCACCCCUUACAUGUUCUUCUCAUUGCAGACAAUCCUAGAAGUAUUUGAUAAUUUACCAUCAUACAUGUUCUUUCCAUGGUUACUAUCAAGCACCGAAUCAAACAUAACGUGUUGCUAAUGCCUGAUUUACUGUGUACAUCCUCACAAUGCUCCUAAGCAAAAGUUUGUAAUUCAGUGAAUUACUAAUAUUCUUUCGGUGACUUUUCUCAUAUUUCCCCUUGCAUUUUUCUGGGAAUGGUUUGUUUUUUCUAUUUUUAUGCAAUACUAUUGUCCCUUCAUCGAUGUUUUGCAAAAAUCGAUAGGUUAAAAUUUAUUUAUUUUUAUUUAAACUUGCUAACCUAUUCUUCAUGAACCAGGCCAAUCAAAGAAUUGACGAGGUGAAGGGUCUGAAGAUGAGACUCCGAUUCCGUGAAGAAGGAAUAAAAAGGCUGCAGGCAGUUGCUUCCGGCAAGCUCUCAGUGGAGUCGCAUCUUUUGCAAGAAAACGAAGAGCUUUUGAAAGAAAUUGAAGUUCUUCGUAACCAGGUGGAUCGUAACCCAGAAAUCACACGAUUUGCAAUGGAAAACUUGCGGUUAAAGGAAGAACUUCGGAGGCAUGUCUUCUGUGCUUUUCUAUGCAGUAAACUUUUCGACUUAUUUAAUACGAGGAACUGAAGCAUUUUCCAUCUCAAAGGGAUAUCUCCAAGAGUAAGAUUUUUUUUUUUUUUUUUCUGUUUUUGAUUUCUGGGUCAAAUGAACAGAUUGCAGUCGUAUGUUGCGGAAGGUGAAAGAGAGAUGAUGAGUGAACAAAUCUCGGACUUACAGGAGAAGGUGAACGAGAGAUGAUGACUAAUGCCUUUCCACAUAUCUUUCUCCGAAACUUAUGAAUUGGUGUUAAUAUAUAUAUAGUUGCUGGAAGCACUGGACUGGAAAUUUAUGCACAAAAAGGAUUUGGGGGUUCAGGUCAGAAUAUGUUUAAUUCUUGAGACGUUAUGGUUUCAUUUCUUGCGUCUUUCCUGAAAUGGCAAUCAAUGAAACUGCGGAUGAGAACCAGAUCCAUUCAGUUCCUCAAGUUUUUGGUGUUAUCACAUCUGUGCAGGAGCUGUCGCAGUCGUGGGAUUCUUCUUCCAUGAGCGCGGAGAAUGAAUUCCUUCGUCUACAGGUUGCUGUGCCAUCGAUGUUUCCUCGCCUCUGUCUGAUAUUAAUCCCGCGUUAUCUUCUCCUUCUGCUUACAGGCCAUUGAAAACGACCGGGAAGCAGAAACUCUGCGCAGGAAUCUGAACGUCUGUCUCGAAGCUAACGAAAAACUCGUGAGGUACGUUCGGAGCUUGGGACCCUUGGGACCCCUGGGCUUUCCAAAUGUAGCCACUGUAGGGAUGAUGGACGAUGAUCGCUUAGAUGUCAGUUUCUUCCACAGCUUCCUAUUUUUAGAUAUCAGCUGGGGAAGAUGGCCAGACCAUGGAGCUUGGGGACCCUUGGGCCUUCUUCUACCAGCUCCUCCUCACAUCACAUCUCUCGUCUGCAGGCAUGUGGAUGAAUUGACGCUGGAGCUUGAGGAAGCUAGAAGAGACCCGCAUCGUCACCAUGUUGUCUCCUCCGGUGAAGGGGAGAUUGAUGGGCAGAUGGAACUCAAGGCCAUGGUUGACGCCAUCGCCGCCGCCAGCCAGCGGGAGGCGGAGGCCCACGAGACGGCGAUCCUGCUGGCCAAGGAGAACGAGGAGCUGCGCGCCAAACUGAAUGUUCUGAUCGAGGAGAACAACAAGCUCAUCGAGCUCUACGAGGCCGCCGUCUCUGAGGGCAUCAUCUCCAAGAAAGCCGGAGAAGAAGAAGAAGACCAGGAGAGCAGGAAGGAGGAGCUCCGCGACGUGCACGAGGAGAACGAGCGGCUCAUGGGGCUGUACGAGCGGGCCAUGCAGGAGAGGGACGAGCUCAAGAGGUUGCGAGAAGAAGAAGGGGAGAAGAAGAAGAAGAAGAAGGAAGAAGAUGAUGAGUUGCAGGGGAAGGUGGAGAUGGCGGUGGGGGAGCUGGCGGAGGCGGUGGCUCGCUUUGGGGAGCUGGGCGAGCUUGCAGAGGAAAUCCAUGGCUCGGAGGAGGACCUCCAGCUGAGAAGGGAAGAGAUCUCCUCUCUGAGGAGCUUCUGCAACGAGAUGCAGCAGAGGAAGAGGACGAUCAUGGAGGAGAAGAUGGAGAGGAAGAGGUUGCAGGUGCAAGAUUUGGCCCCGGAGAUGGAGAUUUGGUUGCAGAGGGAGGACCAGGCGAGGAAGAAGGUGGAGCUUCAGGUGAAGCUCGCGGCGGAGAAGGAGGAGGCCGCCGCCGCCUGCAGAGAGGCUGCGAAGUCUGAAGCUCGGCUGAGGGCGGAACUUAACUCCCUGAAGGCGGCUUACAGGGAGGCCGAGGAGCAGAGGAAGGAGAGCAAGAAGGUGCUCUUCGCCGUCGACAACAACGUGCUGGCGGAGCUCGGCAGUGCCGCUGGGCCGCCGGCGCCGGUGAAGAAGGCCUGCGAGCUGCUGAAGGCGGAGGAGGAGCUGCCGAAGCUCGCCGCCGAGAUGAAGCGGGUGAGGGAGAGGAUAGCGGCGGCGCAGAGGAUGAAGGGCGCGGAGGAGGCGGCGGAGGCGGCGGAGGCGGCGGAGGCGGCGAGGGCGGCGGCGGUGGCUGAGGAGGACGAGUUGCGGGAGGUCCGGAGGGGGAGGGAAGCGGCGCGGCGGACGGCGGCGGAGCUCACCGGCGAGUUCUGGGCGGCGGCCGUUGACUACCAGGAGAGCUGCUUCGUGGCGGCGGCGGCGGAGGAGGAGCUGGAGAUGCGCGAGGAGGAGCUCCUCCUGCGUGUGGAGGCCCUCGAGGAGCUGAGGAAGGGUAGGAUCUGCGGUGCCCAGAAGCUGAUAUCACUGCUGGAGCACUGCAGGGCUCUCCUGCUCUCUCUCGCCGUCUCUCCCUCUCCCUCUCCCUCUCCCUCACUCUCUCUACCUCUCUCUCUCUCUCUCUUCGCCGUUUAA